CAGAGCUGCAGUGUUGGAUACAGCAUCCCCCUUCCCCUGCUCAUACGGACUCUGACAGAAGGAGAAGAGGGAGAGAGGCAGAGAACGAAAGGGAUGCAGGAGAUACAAUUGAAUACAAGAGCUCGAAUAGACUGAAAACAGCAGCAGCAGAGCAAUUGUCUUCAGAUACUGCUCAGAGCUCAGUAGCAGUGAGGUGCUGAAUUCCUUGCUUGGAGCUGUUUAAUGCUUUUCAUUCACUUUCCAAGGAUUGUUGUAAAUCACCGCUUUUUUUUUUUUCAUUACCAUGAAUUAUUUAUUUUCCCUACACCGUGCUACACAUUGUUACUGUGCCCAUUAAAGUGAAAGGAUUUGCAGUGAUUGAGGGCUAGGCAUGGUUCAGGCAGCUUUCUGUCUGGCCCUCCCCAAUUUUACCUUCCAGGAGCUGACCCUGGUCCUGACUGGAGAUCUAUAUUAGCAGCAGAUUGGAUAGUCCCAACAGGGACGACUUGAGAACGACCCAAAGUACUUAACACAUCUCAGCAGCAGCAGAUCAUCAGCGGGGAAGUGGAAGUUUGACAUGUUGACCCAGAGAAUUUUCAGAUUUCACAUUCCCUAAAGUCUACUGAAGAUAAACAGAUGUGCUGCAAUGGUUACAUAAAUAAAUCAUCUGGAUUUAAAGGAUUUGUCAGUUUCUAUUUGUCAUUUGAUAGUUGUUAGCAACAGUUUGUCCAACAUGAAUUACAUCAUUAAUUUUCGCAGACAUUUUCAGAGGACAAUCCUUCUGCUUGCCACUUUUUGCAUGGUAAGCAUCGUCAUUUCAGCCUAUUAUUUGUACACUGGUUAUAAACAAGACAAUGAACUGUCUGAAGUUUCGAUGGAAAUAGAUUGUACACACGUAGAAUCCCUGCCAUAUAAACUUCUAGGAGAGAAAAUUGGAAAACCAACUGUUUCCUUAAGGACAGAGGCCAUUAUCCUGGUCUUUAUUGAGAGUCAAUACUCUCAACUUGGCCAAGACAUCAUAAGCAUUCUAGAAUCUAGCCAGUUUAAAUUUCAUGCAGAAAUUGCUCCAGGAAAAGGUGACCUUCCACCACUAACUGAAAAACACAUUGGAAAGUAUGCUCUUAUUAUCUAUGAAAACUUUUGGAAAUACACAAACAUGGACACAUGGAAUAAAGACAUUUUAGAUAAAUACUGUCAUCAGUACGGAGUUGGAAUAAUUGGAUUUCUUAAAGGAAGUGAAAAUAAUGUACAAAACUUCAAUCCAAAGGGGUUUCCAUUUAUCAUCCACAGCAACAUGGCUGUAAAAAACUGUUGUGUUAACCCCUACACAUCAUUGCUUCAUAUAACGAAACCAUCAACAAAACCAGGCAAAGGGACCUUAUUGGGAAAUGAAUGGACAGUGUUUGAGUUCAAUCAUUCUUUUUACCAACCUGUGGUUUUCACAAAAGUUAAAAUGCCUGUAAAUACCCAACCUCAGUUAUCUAAAAUAUCUUUAUUUGCCACUGUUAUGUAUGAUCUGGGACUUCAGGAUGGGAUCCAGAGAGUAUUCUUUGGCAAUAAUUUGAAUUUUUGGCUUCACAAGCUUAUUUUUAUAGAUGCUAUUUCUUUCCUAUCAAUGAAGAGCUUAAUGCUUUCCUUGGAAAGAUUCAUUCUUGUGGACAUAGAUGAUAUAUUUGUAGGGAAGGAGGGAACCAGAAUGAAUGUCAAUGAUGUCAAGGCUCUCCUUGACACACAAAAGAUGCUAAGGUCGAAAGUUGCUAACUUUACGUUUAAUCUGGGAUUUUCAGGAAAGUUCUAUCACACAGGUACUGAGAAAGAAGAUAAAGGCGAUGACCUUCUUUUGGGAUCCGUAGAUGAGUUUUGGUGGUUUCCUCACAUGUGGAGUCAUAUGCAGCCUCACCUCUUCCAUAAUGAGUCUUCACUGGUGGAACAAAUGAUACUCAACAAAAAAUUUGCUCUGGAGCACGGAAUCCCCACUGAUAUGGGUUAUGCAGUGGCUCCACAUCACUCAGGUGUCUAUCCUGUGCAUAUACCGCUUUAUGAAGCCUGGAAAAAGAUCUGGGGCAUUAAAGUCACAAGCACAGAAGAAUAUCCUCAUCUGAAACCAGCACGAUACAGACAAGGAUUCAUACACAAAAAUAUUAUGGUGCUUCCUCGGCAGACGUGUGGUCUUUUCACUCACACUAUUUUCUAUAAAGAAUAUCCUGGUGGUCCUACGGAGCUUGAUCGAAGUAUUCAAGGAGGGGAACUUUUCUUUACACUCAUACUCAACCCAAUCAGCAUCUUCAUGACCCACUUAUCUAACUAUGGCAAUGACAGGCUUGGUUUAUAUACAUUUGUUAAUCUGGCCAAAUUUGUGCAGACUUGGACUAAUUUAAAACUGCAAACUCUUCCUCCCAUGCAAUUGGCGCUCAAAUACUUUCAGCUCUUUCCAGAACAGAGGGACCCUAUCUGGCAGAACCCGUGUGAUGACAAACGUCACAGAGAUAUUUGGUCUAAAGAAAAAGCAUGUGAUCGUCUACCAAAAUUCAUAGUUGUUGGACCUCAGAAAACCGGUACCACGGCAUUGUAUUUAUUCCUUGUUAUGCACCCCUCUAUUAUUAGCAAUUCACCCAAUCCAAAAACAUUUGAAGAGAUGCAGUUCUUCAAUGGGAAUAACUACCAGAAAGGGGUGGAUUGGUACAUGGAUUUUUUCCCUGUUCCUUCCAAUGUAACUACAGAUUUCUUGUUCGAAAAAAGCGCCAACUAUUUCCAUUCGGAGGAUGCACCAAAGAGGGCAGCAGCUCUAGUUCCCAAGGCAAAAAUCAUCACUAUUCUCAUUGAUCCCUCAGAUAGGGCGUAUUCCUGGUACCAGCAUCAAAGAGCCCACCAGGAUACUGUGGCUCUAAAAUUCAGCUUCUAUGAAGUGAUAACAGCAGGAAAGGAUGCUCCUUCAGAUCUACGGUCCCUUCAGAAGAAAUGCCUGGUACCUGGAUGGUACGCUUUACAUAUCGAGCGAUGGCUUCAACAUUUCCCAUCCUCACAGGUCCUUAUUGUUGAUGGACAACAGCUACGAACGGACCCAGCCAAUGUUAUGGAAGAAGUUCAGAAGUUUCUGGGAGUGUCACCUCACUACAACUACUCAGAAGCACUAACGUUUGAUUCACAUAAAGGAUUCUGGUGUCAACUCCUGGAAGAAGGAAAAACAAAAUGUCUGGGUAAAAGUAAAGGAAGAAAAUACCCUCCAAUGACUUCAGAGUGCAGAGCAUUUCUAUCGAGUUACUACAGAGAUCACAAUGUGGAAUUAUCAAAACUUUUGCACAGACUUGGCCAACCGCUUCCUUCGUGGUUAAGACAAGAACUUCAGAACAUCAGAUAGCACUGAUAAAAAAAUAAAUAAAAUUAGAAGAAAAAAAAACACCUUUAGUAUCACUUAUGAGCUACACUCAACUAGUAAAGACUUGAGGUCCCUCAGUAAAGGAUAUAAAAUAUACCUCUUUGACACUGCAUCACAAGAAAAUAUGGGUUUUGUGUGGUUUUACAAUAUAAAGACAACCUGGAGUAUGUGAAUUAAAUAAAUAUAUCUUCAUUUUCAUGUGACCCCCCCACGCUUUUUGACAGUCAUCAUCAAGGACUUGUUUUCCAUGUGCUGGCAUGUGGAUUCAGACAAUGCCAGAACGUGGCCUUUGACUUUGAACAGUUUGGGAGUCUCUGUUGGACAGUGAUGGGUUGCUAUGUAAAUACAAAUAUUUGAAACUGAUAAUAUCAAACCCUACGAAAAGGAAAUA